AUGCUUCUACAAGAGAAACUAUCUCAUUACUUAGACCUAGUCGAGGUGCACUUAGUUAAAGAAAUCUCUUCCCGCUCCGACUCGUUCUUCGAAGCCCUGAAAAAACUGGAAGAUCUGAACCGUGGGAUCGUGGAGACGUGCGAUCGCAUCCGUCAGUUGCGCGGCACAGUGGGGAUGCUGGACGAGGACCUUCUGGAAGGAUCGCGGAAGCUGCAGGCGACCAAGGUUCGGCGGGAGAAUCUGCUGCAGCCGCAUCAGAAGCUGAAGCUAGUGGCGUUCGUGCACCAGGCCAUGGCGACGCUGAAGCUGGUAAGACACAAUUUUAUGACGGCUAGAGAGAAGAGAAUUAGGUUCCCGGCCGUCUUGCAGGACUCCUCCCUUGCUGCCCCACACCCCACCAUCCCACUGUGCGUGCCGAUGCCUCGGCUGGUGUCAUCGGGGGACUGUGCGGGUGCGCUAGACGUGAUGGACGACCUCAGGCGCCUCAUGGACGGCCAGGAGCUGAUGGGUGCAACCCCGCCCUCUAACUCUUCCUUCCUGCCCCACACGCACCACCCCACCAUGCAUCAGCUGGUGUCGUCGGGCGACUGUGCGGGCGCAUUAGACGUGAUGGACGACCUGAGGCGCCUCAUGGAGAGGCAGGAGCUCAUGGGUGCAACCCUGCCCUCUAACUCCUUCCUGCCCCCCCACGCACCACCCUACCGUCCAUCAGCUGGUAUCAUCGGGCGACUGUGCGGGCGCGCUAGACGUGAUGGACGACUUAAGGCGCCUCAUGGAUGGGCAGGAGCUCGCAGGGCAGCACUGCUUCCGCCACCUCAACCACCUCCUGGUGUCCUCCUCCGAUGCCGUCAACAGGUGAGUCUCUCUUUCUCCCACUCCUCCCAUUCUCGCCUCCCACUCUCACAUCCCCCUCUUCCACCCACCCUCAUAUCCCUCUCUGCACUGCUUCCGCCACCUCAACCACCUCCUCCUCACCUCCUCCGAUGCCGUCUACAGGUCGCCGACUUUGUAAGGGAAGCCGUGCACGAUGCUGCUGACGUGGCGCCUUCCGCUAUAGUCACCAGCUUCAACCUCCAGAAGAGCGUACCCCCCGCUGAAACGCUGCUCGCUAUAGUCAACCUCGAGCUGCCGCCGCCGAGCCUGCCGCAUCCCCCCAUCCUCUCAUCCCCCUGUCCUCUCAUCCCCCUGUCCUCUCAUCCCCCUGACCUCUCAUCCCUCUGUCCUCUCAUCCCCCUAUCCUCUCAUCCCCCUGUCCUCCCAUCCCUCUGUCCUCUCAUCCCCCUGUCCUCCCAUCCCUCUGUCCUCUCAUCCCCCUGUCCUCUCGUCCCCCCAUCCUCUCAUCCCCCCGUCCUCUCAUCCUCCUGUCCUCUCAUCCCUCUUUCCUCUCACCCCCCCCGUCCUCUCACCCCCCCGUCUUCUCAUCCCCCCGUCCUCUUAUCCCCCUGUCCUCUCAUCCCUCUUUCCUCUCAUCCCACUGUCCUAUCAUCCCCUCGUCCUCUCAUCCCCCUGUCCUCUCAUCCCUCUUUCCUCUCACCCCCCCGUCCCUCACCCCCCGUCCUCUCAUCCCCCCAUCCUCUUAUCCCCCUGUCCUCUCAUCCCUCUUUCCUCUCAUCCCCCCGUCCUCCUAUCCCCCUGUCCUCUCAUCCCUCUGUCCUCUCGUCCUCCAUCUGUCCUCUCAUCCCUCUGUCCUCUCGUCCCCCUGUCCUCUCAUCCCCCUGUCCUCUCAUCCCCCUCCUCUCAUCCCCCUGUCCUCUCAUCCCCCGUCCUCUCAUCCCCCUGUCCUCUCAUCCCUCUUUCCUCUCACCCCCCGUCCUCUCAUCCCCCUGUCCUUCAUCCCUCUUCCUCUCAUCCCCCCGUCCUCCUAUCCUCCUGUCCUUUCAUCCCUCUGUCCUCUCGUCCCCCUGUCCUCUCAUCCCUCUUUCCUCUCACCCCCCCGCCCUCUCACCCCCCCGUCUUCUCUUCCCCCCGUCCUCCUAUCCCCCUGUCCUCUCAUCCCCCUGUCCUCACCUCCCUCUGUCCUCUCAUCCCCCUGUCCUCUCAUCCCCCCCUCCUCUCAUCCCCCCGUCCUCUCAUCCCCCUGUCCUAUCAUCCCCCCAUCCUCUCAUCCCCCUGUCCUAUCAUCCCCCCAUCCUCUCAUCCCCCUGUCCUCUCAUCCCUCUGUCCUUUCAUCCCCCUGUCCUCUCAUCGCCACCGCACCUCCUCGCUCAACAGAGGACAAUGCACUGA